AUGUACAUGUUAAGACAGCUUUCACAGUAAGUGAAAACCAUACUAUAUUCUAUCUUUUGAAAUGUGUUUUCCCUCCUAAAUGUCCAAGUGGGUGUGUAAUACAGUCAUUGAUGGAAAAUGAAAGUGUUCUUAUAUCUACAACUGACACUCCGGUAUACUUUCCUAGGACCAGCAGUCAGACGCGUAAUGGAACCUUUGAUUCAAAAAGUCUGUUUGCUAACUUUCCUCGUCGUCUUCGAUGCCACUUCAUCUGUUGCAGACCUCAGCCUCAUAGUCCCUCCUGACCCUGUAGUGGCCUCUGCUGGGGAUGACAUCAUCCUUCCCUGUAAUCUCUCUCCUCAAAGUAGUGCUGUUGACAUGGAUAUCAGGUGGUUUAAGGAGGGAGACUUCACUAACCCCUUGUAUUUGUAUAAGAGCAGAACGGGGGAAGAGGGGGAGGGCUAUAAGGGCAGAGUGAGUCUACUCACCCAUGAGCUGGAAAGAGGCAACUUAUCGCUGCUGUUGAAGAAUGUCAAGGUGUCAGAUAAGGGACGCUACAAAUGUCAGGCCAGCCGCUUGGAUUGGAUCCAGGAACCAGCCGUUGUGCUACAAGUUACAAAGCAGGGCAGUGUCCCCAGGAUCUCCAUGAGGAAGCACCACAGAGUUUUCAUCCAGCUCAGCUGCAGCUCAGAGAACUGGUACCCAGAGCCUCACAUGCUGUGGACGGACAGCAGUGGGAAGGAGAUCACCUCAGCAGAGACAGAGAGACCCAAACAGAAAGAGGGGGGUAUCCUGUACUCCAUAACCAGUCACAUGAGAAUAAGGAUGGACCAACUUGAGGGGGUCACAUGUGCGGUGAUGUCAAAGGGCAAGGGAACCAUUCUAGAAUCAGCAUUACAGCAGAUGACUGAAGAGUUCUACCGCAGCAGUAUGCCUGACCGGGUUUACAUAUCUGCAUUUAUUAUUCCUGUUUUUUUGGCACUGGUGUGCAUCACUGCAUCUAUGCUCUAUGUCCUCCACCAGAGAAGAGCUCUUCAGGAAAAGCUGAAGCCGAUGAAUGACGUGAAGACAAAGUUAAAAGAGACAGAAAACGAGAAAGUCCAGUGUCUUGCAAAACUCAAUGAAAAGGACAAGUUAAUGGAAAUAACUGGAAAGAUUCCGGAUGCAGUUUGGACCUUAAUGUUGCAUCAUCAUGCAGAUGUGACUCUGGACCCUGACACUGCACACCCCAGACUCACAGUAUCUGACAAAAACAAGUGUGUUAAGUUUGGAGACCUACGGAAAGAAAGCAGAACUGAGAAGAGGUUUGAGGAAAUACGUUGCGUCUUGGGAGUGAAGGGAUAUGAUACAGGUAGACAUUACUGGGAAGUUGACCUGGGGGAGAAGACUCAGUGGAGUGUUGGAGUCGCCCAGGACCCAGAGAACAGAGGUUCAGACAUCCAAAUGAUUCCAAAGAAUGGCUACUGGAGCAUACGUUUGGAUAAUGGAGUAUUGAAAGAAGUUGAACAGUCUUCGAAAGUCCUUCCCAUUGAACUGAAACCUUUGAAGCUGGGGGUGUUAGUGGACUAUGAGGGGGGAAAUAUAGUAUUUUUCAAUGUUGAGAAGAGAUGCCACAUCCACUCCUUCACCGCAACAUUUACCAAGAAACUCUAUCCAUUCUUUGGUCCUUUGUUUGAUUGUAAAAAGGAACUUAAAAUCUCACAAGAUAUAACCCUUCAAGCUGAGAAGUGAUCCUGUCAGGCCAUAGCAUUGUUUGUUUAAUAUUUGGUUACUACUGCCUGUGGUUUUAUUAGUACUCUAUUACUCCACAGCUCACCAAUUUCAUUAGUAGUCUAAAACCCCACAACUGUCUGUGGUUUUAUUAGUACUCUAAUACCCCAAAACUAUCUGUGGGUUUUUUUGACGAUGGGGAAAACAGCUGAUGCAUAGAGUGCAAUGCGGAUUAUCUUCCAUUGUUUGAGCAAUUAUUUAGCUUUAUCAAUUAUCAACUUUGUGAAGAUUGAGUUACUUUAAUCUUUUCCUUCUUCUAUCCCACACUGAUCUGAGCGAUGAGAGAUGUAACGGUUUUCCCUUUUUUAUAGCUUUUUUAUAGCUGUAUUAUUUCUAAUGUUUUAGACGUAACUGUUUUGAUUCUGUAUAUACUCAUUACUGUAAAGUGAGACAAUAUAAUUUGCUAUAAUGAUGUAUCGACUAAUGUAUUCCAUUUUGUCAAAUUCAUUUGUCAAAUUAAUGUUUUGUCAUGUUCAAAUCAUAGAAUGACUUUAUAUUCCAGACGGAUUGAACUAACAUGUUGUUAGAAAUAUAUGUAAUGAUAAUAUGGACACACUAGAUGUUACACUGGAUAGGCUUCACAGGGUGAAUAUAUUGUGUCCAGUCUCUGGCUAACUAGCUUGCAUUGUUGGUCAUUGUAAAGAUAUACAUUUUUUGAGAUGGGAUGAUUAUUAAACAACUACAUAAAAGCCAGGAGAAUGUAGUUGUUUAUCUCAAUCCUAGUCGUCAAUAGAUCUAUAGAUCUACAUCCACAUACCAAUAAGAUAUUGUAUUUUUCACAAAUCAACAGCUUCACAAAUCAAAUGCUUGUUUAAUGUCACAAACAAUAAACUACUGAAAUAAAAAUGUAUAAUACAGUAAUAAAGAAUAUGGAACACAA